AUGAGCAUCCAGCGAAAGUCAGAUGAUACGACAAAUUCAAUUGUUGAUUCGUCUUCAACUAACAAAAAAUCAUUAGAUAUUCUGACAACAAUUGAAUUAAAUCAAGUUCAACAAAAUACUGAUAAUUUCGAAAUAGGAAAACAAUCUUUAUUUGAAGAAUGUGUAUCGUUGAAAAAACAAUGCGAUGAACUUACUAAACAAAAACAAGCGACAGAAAUUAGAUAUCAUAUGUUAUUAGACGAAAGUCACCGAACAAUUGAAGAAAAAGAUACUGAAUUAAAACGUCUUCGAGAAACUACUAAUAUUAUUGUAUCAAAUAAAACAAGAACUGAUUUUCUUCAUAAUAAUCAACCUGAUGUUAACGAAUUUGUUAAAUAUCAAAAAAUGCUAAAUGAAUUACAAGAUGAAAAUAUUCAUUUGAAAAAUGAAGUUUUUAGUUUAAAAACAAUACUUGAAUCGAAGGAAAAUAUUGAAAAAAACUACCAAGAACAAAUUCAUAGAUUACAAUUACGUAUUACAGAACUUGAAGAUUGGAAUGGAGAUAAUCAAAACAAUGAAUCAUCCGAAACAAUCAAAACAAAGAAUACAGACUAUUCUGAUUUACACUCAAAUAUCGAUUUACUAACAUCCCGUAAUAGACAAUUAGAAAAUGAUUUACAACGUUUACAAUCACAACAACGUAAUAAUCAAUUAGCUUUAGAACGUCUUGAUGAAUAUGAAGAAACAAUUUCUCAAUUACAAGAACAACUUAAUCAAUUCAAUUCAAAUAAGAAAAAACAACACAUCGGUGCUGAUGAAGAUAUAAAUCGUGUUCUUAUGGAAGAACGAAAACGAUACAAUGCAAUAUUUGAUAUUCUCGAAGAAACACGUUUACAAUUGAAAAAUGAAAGUAAACAAUCGGAAGAAAAAAUUUUACAAAUUGAAACUAACUUAAAGGAAAAAUUUGAACAAGAAAAAAUAAAUCUAGAAAAUCAAAUUCAGAUUAAAGACAAGCAAAUUGAAAUUGGAAGAAAUGAAAGAGAAACUCUCCAAAAAGAGAUAAAUAAUCUUCAACAAUUGAAAGAUGAUCAAGAACAAGAAAAUCGUUUAAAAGAAAUAUAUGUUCGAGAAAUGCUUGAACGGCAAAUCAUUGAACUCAAUGAACAAGUACAAUCUUUAGAAAAUGAUAAAAAUGAACUUAAUCAUCAAAUUGAUGAACUUCGACAACAAUUACAAUCAAAAGAUCAACUAAUUCAAAAUUUCCAAACUUUUGCGACGACACCUGGUGCACCACCCAUGAUUAAUGUGUCCUCAAAUAUUCGAGAUCUUUCUCCAUCUCCACAAGCAUCCUCUAAUCAUUUACAUGAACUCGAAGGUCAAAUUUAUCAAAACGAAAAACAAUUUUGUCAAAUAAAUUCCAUCUACAAUCAAUUUCUUACUCUUUUACCAUGUGAAUAUACAUCUCCAAAUGAGACACAUGUAUCAUUAUCAGAUCGGUUUGUUAAUCUCUUUGAACAAUUCUCAACAUAUAUUGGUACAUUUUCUAUAAUACAAGAAGAACUCGAUUCUUUAAAACAAAUACUUAAUGAAAGACAAGAUGAACUUGAAAAAUUACGAGCACAUUUAGAAUUAACAACAGAUAAAUUAACACAAUUACAAGAAGAAAAAUCUUUAUUAAAUAAAAAUAAAUCAUAUGAGAGUGAUGAAGAUGAAUUGGAAGAAAUUCUUGGAUUUCAACAACGUGCACCAUCACGACAAUCACUUUUAUCAAUUACACCAGGUGAAAAACAACAAUUAAUUGCACAAAAUGAACUUCUUUCAUCAUUAUUAAUUGAAAAAGAACGAGAAUUAAUUUCAUUACAACAAGCAGAAAAAUCAAAUGAAGAUUUAAUAAAAAAUCUAGAAAUAUUACGAUUAAAUUUACAACAAAUGGAACAUGAUAAAGAUAUAAAACAAAUUGAACUAAAUGAUAUAAGAAAUGUACUUGACGAAAAAUUAAGAGAAAAUUCUUCACUGAAAAAAGAAAAAAUGUAUUUUAUUGAAAAGCUUGCUGAAUUUGAACGUGAACGAAACGAACAACAAUCGAUUAUUCAAAUGUCAUAUAAACAAUCAUCUCAAGACAGAGAAAUCUCAUCAACAUCAAUAAUAAAAAAAGUUCAAGAACAAACUACCGACAAAAAUAUCAGUGAAGAACAAAAUGAAAACCUUUAUUUUAAUUCUAAUCAAUUACUGAAAUUAUCUAAAUGUCAACAAGACGAAUCGAUAUCAUAUUAUCAUGAAUAUAUGCGUAUUCUUACUCUCUAUAACGAUCUUAAUAUAAAAUACAGUCAACUUGAAAUCGAUUAUAAAUCUAUUCAAUCAUUAAUUCAACAAAAAAAUGAAGCAUUUUUGCAAUGUCAAAAUGAAUUAAAUACUUAUCAAAAUUUAUUAUAUCAUCAAAAGAAAAAAUCUGAUGAUAUUGAUUUAUUACGUUCAACAUUGAAUGAACGUGAAAUUAAGAUUCAACAAUUAAUUAGCAAUGAAAAUCAACUACUUAUUAAACAAUCUGAAUUAGAAUCUAAUAACAAAUUAUUAGAAGAAAGUAAUUUUAAAUUAAAAUCAAAUCAACAAUUAUUUGAACAAAUGCAAUUAGACUUAAAACGUAUUACACAUGAACGAGAUUUAGCUAUUAUAGAAAAAAAACAAAUAGAAAAUCAAAUAAAAUCUCAUAGAGAAAAACUUUUGCAAUAUGAAGAACAUGAGCAAAAGUUAACGAAUGAAGUCGAGCGUUUAUGUCAAAUAGAAAAAUCAUUAAGAAAUCAACUUGAACAAUUAGAUAAUUCAAAUCGAGAAAAAACUGAAUUUAUCCAUCAUUUCACAACCAAUAAUGAACAAUCUCAACAAGAAUUAUUAUCGAAAUUAGAAAUGUUAAAGCACGAAAAUGCAGAGAUUAACGAAUUUAAUACAAAUUUAACUCAGCAAUUAAAAUAUCAAAUCAAAUGUUCACAAAACUUACAAAAUAGUCUUGAUCAAUUUCAACAGGAACGUGAACAAAAUAUGAAUGAGCAUUUAUAUCAAUAUCAAGAUUCUUUACGUGAACAGAUAUCAAUCUCAGCUCGUUUAACAAAUGAAAAUAAUGAACUUCAUCAACGUUUAGAAGAAUACGAUGAAAUAUUUUCAUCUGUAAAUCGUUUAAAUGAUGAAAUGAAAACAAAAGAUUUAUUAAUAAACAAACUUCAAACUGAAAUUGAUCAUAAUAAUGAACAAAUUUUAGCAUAUAAUGAAAAUUUUCAAACAACAAAUGAUACACGUGUUGAAAAACAACUUGUAAAAAAUAUUCUUUUAUCUUAUUUUCAUACACCAAUUGAUAAACAACAGGAAGUUAUACCAAUUUUAAGUGCUCUAGUUGGAUUUACACAAGAAGAAUAUCAAAAAGUUAUGAAUGCGAUAUCGAACAAUUGUAACAAUAGUACAAGUACAAGUUGGCUAACUGGUUGGCUUAGUACAAAUUCAUCAAAACCAAAACUACAAUCGAACAUCUCAUAUGAUCAAUCGAAUAAAUCAUUUACUGAAUUAUUAAUUCAAUAUGUUGAUCAACAAUCAGUGGAUACUUUUCCACAACCAACAUCGAAUAUUAAUACCAAUGAAUGUAACAAUCAUCAAAAUUCGAAUAAUUCAAUUGUUCCUACAUCUGAUAAUUCUACGCAUUUUCCUUGUGAUAAACAAUUAGUUACAGUCGGCUCAACAACAUCAAAUAUUGAACAAGAUAUAAAUAUUCAUAAUCAAUCUUCUCUUCCAACACCAUCUACAAUUGUUGACGGUCUUUUAACAGUUUGA